GACGCUAUUUCCGGCCGCGUCUCGGCUUAACUCGGUGCUCUUCCCGCAGUCGCGUGUCCACACUCGGACGACGCGCCGACUCGCGCUCCGCCGCCUCCGACGGGAACCCUGGGCGGCUCGGUGCGAACUCUGCUGCUAGUCCAGUUCGCUUUUUGGAGACAUGGAGCCUCCGGACUUCGAAGCCAUGAACUACACGGUGGAGCAAGAGGCGUCGCCGUACCCGUUCUGUGAGGAAUGGCGCGAGGGCUCGGAGGGCUCCGUCUUCCACCUGGCCAGCAUCUUCCUCUUCCUCGGCUUCAUGGGCGGCAGCGGCUUCUACGGGCUCCUCUACCUGUUCACCUUCCUGACUCUGGGCUUCUUCUGCUCCACUCUGUGGGGAUGGUCGGACCCCUGCACCACGGACUCUUUCCUGUGGAGUUUCGCGCUCUUCGGCGUGUGUCUGGGACAGGUCCUGCAUGUCGCCUACCGGCUGAGGAACGUCUCCUUCGAGAAGGAGUUCCUGGAGCUUUACCACAGCAUGUUUAAGAAACUGGGGGUGCCGCUCGCGGAUUUUGGGAAGAUAGUGGCCUGCUGCGACGGAGACAUCCACACCAUAGAGAAGAACCACUGCUUCGCCAUCGAGGGAAAAACCGCCAUUGACAAACUGUCGGUGCUCCUGUCAGGCAGAAUCCGUGUGACAGUUAAUGGAGAGUUUCUCCAUUAUAUCUACCCUUUCCAGUUCCUGGAUUCGCCUGAGUGGGACUCUCUCAGACCAUCAGAGGAGGGUGUCUUCCAGGUGACCCUGCGUGCUGAUAACCCUUGCCGAUAUGUGGCGUGGAGGAGGAAGAAACUCUACCUGCUUUUUGCUAAGCAUCGCUACAUAGCCAAGAUCUUUGCCCUGGUUGUGCGCAAUGACAUUGCAGAGAAGCUGUACUCCCUUAAUGACAACGCUUUUGACAAGUCCGGGCACCGCUAUGAUCUCCGCUUACCCAGUUACUGUCACAUGGCAGUGACCGAAUUAGAAAAGGCAGAUGUCCUCCUGCAAGUGCCGGGGCAGAGUGGAAGGACUGCCUGAACACACACACGCACGCGCACACACACACACAGACACACACACACACACACACACACACACACACACACACACACACACACACACACACACCCUGCUCCAGGCCUUAAACACUUGAACUCAAACUGACUCACUGUUUGUAGGAAUGUCAUGUAAAAAUAAUGUCAUUUAGGAAGGGGGCAGAGUGUGUCUGUAUCAUGUAGGGUAGGCGAGUUUUAGGUGACGUUAUCUCAAAUCCGCCAACAUUAUCAUCAGAUCUCAGUAUACAGAUUAGUUUUGGUGGAGCUGGCAGACUUGUCAGCAGUCAUGGUGUGUCAGGACAAGAGGAUACUCCCGAGGGACCGCUGCGAGAAGUGAGGGGCAGGGUCCCGUGACUGGUAGCCUAAGACAUCCACGGGCUACUUUAUGGCGGCCUUGCUAACAAGACCAAUGUUAGUAAUCGUUUUAAAAUACACCAUCCAACCCGUGGGACGCUUUGGCCUUGGUAGCUCUACUUUAGCUGUGUUUUGGUCUGUGCCAGACUCAGUCUCCACAGCCUUGACAAAUGAUACAUUUUUUGUAAACUCUUAAGUCUCUCUAAGUUUGAGCCUCUUUAACUUUAAUUCAGUAUCUUAUACUCAUUCUGAAGCCAGAGGAAGCCUGAAAAAUCUUUUCGCCAUAUAUGCUCCCUACUAGCAACUUCUAUUGAAAUAGAUGGGAUGCCAUCUUGGAACAUGGCAUCCAGUUCUCUUAAUGCGUUCAUGGUGCACAAUCACUAUGACUGGCUGUUGUUUGCCAAAAAAUAUCUCACUCUCAGAGAGCAAGAGGACAGGAAAACUUUCCAGAAUGUUGAGCUGCCCCAUUUAACUGGCAGUUUGGUGAAGAAUUUGGUGUCUCAUUAUUGUGACUGUACCCAACUACAAUCGCAGAAGGUUAAAUCUGAUUCAUUCAGUCAAGUGUACAGCGACAAGCUUGUGUACCUGAGGUAAAAUCCUAUCUAGUUGCUUGGCUUGACAGAUCUUCACUUUAGUACAGUUAAACAAAGUACAAUGUAUUAAGCCCUCCGUCUGCCUAUAAUGUUGUCAAUUCAAGAUGGCCAACAAGUUUGCCCUUGACUUCUGCAGUUUUGGCAUGAAGGAUUUUCUGUUGUUGGUCUUUCUGUAAGGUUGAAACAUGAGAGCAGGAUUUUCUGUUGAGGGAUAAAUAACAUAAUCUGUCAUAAUGUUCCUGGUUAAUUAGUUUCACUUACUGUAUAUACUGAAGCAGAACAUAAGAAACCCUCUCAGCAGAUCCUCUCUUGCCAUUUUGGUGUUUGCAGUCUGCUUUUCCAGCUCUGUAACUGGAAUUUUCAACAUCCAUUCAGACAUCACACAGUCACACAGCAGUAAAACAAAAUGAAAUGUCUAAAGCUUUGACUGAGGAGCUGAUUCAUCUCUGGGCAUCCGGAUCUCACUGCGUAUAUAACUGAGUACAGUUUGCGAGUAUGUGUUAUUGUGUGUGUGUGUGUGUGUGUAAAUAGUUUUAGCUACAUGACACUUAGGAUUGUACUGUUCAGCUAAGGUUAAAGUGAACCUAAAGGCAAAAAGCUACACUUAUCAACUUUAUUUUUUAGAAACAUCAAUUCCUGGUAUAAUUAAAAGCAGUCACUUGGAUGUAUAUGUGCAUUAUGAAUGUAGAAAGUGAAAUAAAUGGGUGGCUUCAGAUGUCUUAACCGCAAAAGAUUCUGUAAUGUGUAAUGUUGACAGAUUGGAUCAGUGACUAUUAUCAAUGUAACAUUGUGCAAAUGUAAAAUGUAGAUGUAAAUAGGUUAGAUGUGUCUAUA